GUACUCAUUUUGGCUGGACGUAUCGAUUAUGAAUGUUGUUGUAUCAAAAUAAGUAGAUAUUGUCGGUUACUUAAUUUUAAUCGAUACGGAUGGUCCAUGUUCAGUAAUUUUUUCGAAUAGCGGAAGAACAGUGAAUAAAAUAAAUGUGUUCAAAAAUAAAUAAACACAAUGUGGUCUUUUGUGUGCUUGGCAUUAAUAUUUUCAUUGGUUUUGUGUUAUGGUCUAGUUACUCGUAGCAUUUCGACCGCCAAACGAUUUAAACUUCCCGGACCUAAUGCAUUACCUAUGGUUGGAAAUGUGUUUGAUUUUUUAAUGUCGACUGAGUCAGCGUUUUAUUAUUUAAGAUAUUUGGCAAACAAAUAUAAGGAUAUUUUAGAAAUAAAACUGGGAACUGCUCAAUGUUUAGUUAUUACCCAUCCAAAAGAUGUGGAGACAGUUAUUAGUGGCACUAGACAUAAUGAAAAAAGUUACAUUUAUAGGUUUCUGCGACCAUGGUUACACGAUGGGCUUCUUUUAAGCAGUGGUAAAAAAUGGCACCAACGUAGAAAAAUUCUUACACCAACAUUUCACUUCAAAAUUCUACGCCAUUUUAAUUCUGUAUUAAUUGAGAAAAGUGCAAAGCUUGCUGAAAAUCUACAGUCGGAAGUGAAUUGUGCGAAAACAAAUAUCUAUCCUUUCAUUUCAGAUUUCACAAUAAAUUCGAUAUGUGAGACGGCAAUGGGAACUGUCCUAGAUGAAGAAUCGUCUACGGUUAGCAAAUCUUACAAGAACGCAAUUCAUGAUUUGGGUACGCAUAUUUUUUAUAGAGCUAUACGGAUAUGGCUACAUCCAGAGUCAAUUUUUAAUUUAUGUCAGUUUGGACGUACCCACAAGAGAACGUUAAAUUUUAUUCACUCAUUUCGGGAUCGCGUCGUUGAGAAACGAAGACAAAAUGAAUAUUUUGACAACUUGUAUACAGAAACGAUGACUGAAAGUGACGAUAAUUUUGUAAUGAAUGAUAAAAAACGUUUGGCCAUGUUGGAUCUUCUUUUGAAUUCAGAGAAACAAGGACUUAUUGAUUCGGAUGGCAUCAACGAAGAAGUCGACACCUUUAUGUUCGAGGGUCAUGAUACAACUGCAGCUGCACUUCAGUUUGCAUUUAUGUUACUGGCAAAUAAUACAGAUGUUCAGGACAACAUAUUAGAAGAAUAUUAUAAAAUUAUGGGUUCGUCCAACAAAAGGCCUACGAUAUCAGAUUUGUCAGAAAUGAAAUAUUUGGAAGCCUGUAUAAAGGAAACAUUGAGGCUUUACCCACCAGUGUAUUUUAUGGGAAGAACGUGCGACGGCCCCCUGACAUUAAGAGGUAUUGAAAAGCUGACUCCGAAAACUAUUAUAAUUGCAAUAUUUGACUUACAUAGACGCUCAGAUCAAUUCGUCGAGGCUUUGGAGUUCCGACCGGAAAGAUUCAUGAAAGAACCAACUUGGCAUCCAUUUUCUUACCUACCAUUCAGUGCAGGACCAAGAAACUGCAUAGGUCAAAAGUUUGCUAUGAUGGAAAUGAAGUUAGCAAUAACUGCAGUUCUUUCCAACUACCGCUUACUUCCAGUCACCAAACCACAAGAUAUUGUAUUUGUAACCGGCAUAAUCUUACGCACAAAGGAUCCAAUUUACGUUAAAUUUGAAAAACGGUAAUGCCAGAACGUUAAGGACAUAUUCUUCUAGAUUAUGUUAUAUGUUAUGCUUAAGAAUUCAUAGGUCAUAUUUUAAUAUCGGACUUUAUGUUAGACUUUUAAGUCGUGCUUUUUAUGUAGAAUUUAUUUCGCGACUUCGAUGUAAUCGAUAUCGUAAUUCGAAAAUCGAUGUAAACUUUCAAUCCCUAUUUUCCAUCUAUUUAUAUUAUUGCAUGUUUUAUAAUA